AAAAAAAAAAAAUGCUGCUGUCUGCUGACAUUUCUUAAUCCUCUUUGAUGGAACUAUUUAAUAAUGGCGAGCAGAUCACUAAAAAAGAAAUUGAAUAAGUGAUCUAAUAAUAACUCUCAUGCAUGGAUUCUUCUCAUUUGGCUCGAUUCAGUUGCAGAAGAACCCCUGCUGCUGUCUUAAUCUUUCUAAUCGUUUGUGGUAUGGUUGCCUUAAGCAUUUCGUCUGAGAUGUGGAAUAAGUUCGUCCGAUAUCUUGAUUACUGGCCCAACAUUUACUCCAUUCAAGUUGUCAACGAGUUUCCUCAUGAUCCCAGAUCCUAUACUGAGGGGCUUCUGUAUGUUGACGAUGAUACAUUAUUUGAGUCAGCUGGUCUUUAUGGGAUGUCAUCUGUUAGGAGAGUAGCUCUCAAGACUGGGAAGGUUGAGGCUUUGCAAAAGAUGGAUGAUUCGUAUUUUGGGGAGGGCUUAACUCUUUUUGGGGAAAGGCUAUUCCAAGUAACUUGGUCGAGGCAAAAAGGUUUCAUGUAUGACCGAUAUAAUUUAAGCAAAUUUGAGGAAUUUAAUCAUCAGAUGAAAGAUGGUUGGGGACUUGCUACUGAUGGAAAAGUUCUGUUUGGAAGUGAUGGUUCUUCAACAUUGUACCAAAUUGACCCUCAAACAUUUAAAGUUAUCAGAAAAAAUGUUGUCAAAUACAAAGGUAGAGAAAUACGGUACCUCAAUGAACUAGAGUUCAUAAAUGGUGAAGUUUGGGCAAAUGUUUAUAUGACUGACUGCAUUGCUAGAAUCUCAGAGGAUGGUAUGGUGCUUGGAUGGAUUCUGCUUCCCAGGAAGGGUAUUGAUGUUUUGAAUGGCAUAGCAUGGGAUCGCAACAAAAGCCGCAUAUUUGUUACCGGUAAACUGUGGCCGAAGCUUUAUGAGAUCAAAUUGUGUCCGAUGAAGAAGCCCAGCAAGACGAGGGUGCCGUAUCGUUGCAGCUUUGAUGUUGGAUGGGCGAUUAUAGAGAUUGCACUGAUAAAUUCCCCCUACCUGUAUUUUCUGCUAAUUGCACAGGACAUGUAG